GGGGGAUGCAUUGGAGGCGAUGAGGCGGCACGCACCUUAGUUCGCUCUCUCUCUCUCUCUCCUUCCAACGCUCAAAUAUGGCGGGGGUGCGGCGGGUCCAUCGGAUCCAUUUGAGUCAACUCGCUAGUCGAAUUCCUGGGCGGUAACUCAGCUGCGUUGUUCCGGUGAUCGGAGGUGGAGUUUUCCGCUGAUUGAAGAAGAAGAUGAAUGCCAGAGGACUGAGCGGAGUGGAGAAAGAGUAUAUAAAUAAGCAUCACAAGCACGAGAUUAAGGAUAAUCAAUGCACUUCUUUUCUCAUCAAGCAUGUUAAAGCGCCUGUGCAUCUCGUUUGGUCUCUGGUAAGAAGAUUUGAUCAACCACAGAAGUACAAGCCUUUUGUCAGUCGUUGUGUUGUGCAGGGAAAUCUUGAAAUUGGUAGUUUGAGGGAAGUUGACGUCAAGUCAGGUCUUCCUGCUACUACCAGCACUGAGAGACUGGAGCUUCUAGAUGAUAAUGAACAUGUACUCAGUGUCAGGAUUAUUGGUGGAGACCACCGACUCAGAAACUACUCUUCCAUUGUAUCUGUCCAUCCGGAGGUCAUUGAAGGGAGGCCUGGGACCAUGGUAAUUGAAUCCUUCGUGGUGGAUGUGCCUGAAGGAAACACAAAGGAUGAGACGUGCUACUUUGUUGAAGCACUGAUCAAGUGCAACCUAAAGUCGCUUGCUGAUGUUUCCGAGAGGCUAGCUGUGCAGGACAGGACUGAGCCUAUUGAUUGUGUCUAGGAGUGGAACUUAGGUACUUCUCAUGGAGGACUAUGCUCACCAAGGAUGAAGCUUUACUUGAAGGCUUUUGGACCUCUCAAGCUUUGGAGGUGUGACUAGCUAUUCUUCUGUAUUGCAAAUACCUUUCUGGACUCUAUCUUUUGUCUCCAUGUUUGUUGGUUGUACAUUAGUAUCGAAGUCAUCUCGGACAUCCUGUGUUUUAGAGCUCAAGAACCACAGAUUGUAUAAAAGUUUGUGACUCUGUACUGUAAACAAACGGGAAGUGAAAGUGAGGGCUAGAACCGGUGCCCAAAUUUCAGGGUUCUGAAUUGGUUAUGAAUCUAUUGUAUGUGGAGCUGAUAGUUGCUAAAUGCAGAUUUGGUUGCACAGCUCAAGCUUCAAUCUAUUGUCCGCAGUUUUUCGUUUUCAUUCUAUCCAUGAAGAGCUGUUGAGAUGCUGCCCAGGUUGCUAUCGGCAUAGUUUAUGGAGAGUGAUUUGCCCUUUCCAUUUUUUAUAUUUCAUUCGGUUUAUUUAUGAAUACUACCCCAUUGUUAGAAACUGCAUACAUAUCCUGGUAUUUAACUCUCGUUUACAUUUA